GGAAACAAAGCCUGUCCCACUGCCCGGAGGGAGCCAUGGCUGCAGCGAGCCCCGUGGAAAGUCUCCAGGAGGAAGCGACAUGUCCCAUCUGUCUAGAGUAUUUCACAGACCCUGUCACUCUGGAGUGUGGGCACAAUUUCUGCCGAGCCUGCAUCGCCCAAUGCUGGGAGGGACCCGACACAGCCGCCUCCUGCCCUCAGUGCAGAGAAACUGUGCAACAGAGAAACCUCAGGCCCAACAGGCAGCUGGCAAAUAUCCUAGAAAUCGCCAAGCGGCUGAGUUUCCAGACAGUGAAGGGAGCAGGAGGGGGCGAGGUGUGUGGGGAACACCAGGAGGCUCUGAAACUGUUCUGUGAAGAGGAUCAAACCCCCAUCUGUGUGGUGUGCGACAGAUCCCGGGCUCACCGCACUCACAUGGUGGUUCCCAUACAGGAAGCUGCCCAGGAGUACAAGGAAAAAAUACAAGCCCAUUUGAAGACUCUGAGGGAAGAGAGAGAAAAGAUGCUGGGAUUGAAAGUGACUGGAGAGAAGAGAAGCCAGGAGUAUCUGAAACAGACAGAAACUGAGAGGCAGAAGAUUGUGUCUGAAUUUCAGCAACUGCGGGAGCUCCUGGAGGAACAAGAGCGACUCCUGGUGGCCCAGCUGGAAAAGCUGGACAAGGAGAUUGUGAAGAUACAGAAUGAAAAUAUCACCAAACUCUCAGAGGGGAUUUCCCGUCUCAGUGAGCUGAUCAGUGAGAUGGAGGGGAAGUGUCAGAAGCCAGCAAGUGAAUUCCUGCAGGAUGUCAGAAGCACCUUGAGUAGGUGUGAGAAGGGGAAGUUCCAGCAGCCAGAGGAGAUUUCUCCUGAACUGGGAGAGCGAGUCAGCGAUUUCUCCCAGAAAACUAUUGUGCUAACGGAGACUCUGAGGAAAUUCAAAGACACUCUGCCGUCUGCACUGGAAUCCCUAGGAGCACACAGACAGGACCUGGUGAGGUGCCACCGGAUUGAAGAAAGGGGAACCCAAUCUUCUGAGCCCCAGGAUCCCCAGAUAAUUCAAGCCUCUGGGACCGGAACAGAGUUGACCCUCCAUACUCCCGCAUGCUUAAACGCACCAUCUCCCAGAACUCCACGCCAAGGUGAGAGCCCGCUGGUUUCAGCAGAAUUCCCUCCGGAGGCGCGCAGUGGUUGUGAAGCAUUUGGCUCUGUCUUCACUAGACAGCAAACCGCUGCCUGUGGGGUCACCUGCGAGCGCUGGGGAGAGAGAUCUCCCAGCACUCCUGGUCAACCAGGUCGACGCUCAGAGCCUGUCUACACUGGUGCAUUACAGCGCUCAAACUUGCUGCACUUGGGGUGGGGGGUUUGUGAUUUUUGACACUCCUGAGACAGUAAGCUACUGUGCUGUAAAGGCACUGUAAAGGCUGCCAUCACCAAUAAUAGCAUUAAGUCAUCAGUGGCUCCAUUUCACCUCCAGAGUCUCCUUCUCAAUGCCUAAUUAGGUUACCUCCUGUGGGAACAACUUCCUGAUGAGAUAGACAACAGGGUGUUCUCCUCCUCUGACUUGUUGAGAUAGCACUGCUCCGAGUCUGCCAUCGGACGCAUCUGUUUGGAGAAUAAAGGGCUUUGAGAAGGCUGAGUGGAAUAGUACAGGCUCCUGGGUCAAUGGCUCUUGUCGUGCCCUAAAUGCCUUGUCACAGCUUUUGAUCCAAUAGACCCUUUUGGCUGCAGUGUUCUUAACCUGGUCUGUCAAAGCGGCAGCCGUGGUAGGAUGAACCGUUGAUAGUACCCCGCUAUUUGAAUAAGCCACUAGACUGGCUUGUUAGUGAAAGGGACAGGGCAGCCCACUAGGGCUUGGAGUUUUUCCAACAAAGGUCGUAGCUUCCCCUUCCCCACCCCACAGAAUAUGAUACGUAAGAGACAUCAUGGGUGGCCACUUGACACUUGGUUGGGGUGGCCAUGAAACCCAGCUGUCACUGCAGAUGAUGAUAUUAUCAAUGUGUGUGGCUGUGUAGGACCCAUGCGGCCGAAGCACUCUGUCCAUCAGCUGCUGGAAAGUGGCAGU